CUACUCCUGUUUUGUUAAGUGCAUCAACUAGCAAGCCGAGCUCAGGGUAGACGGACGGAACCGCCUUGGCCGCAGCACUUCGUGUACAAUAAGCGGCUAUCAUCCUGUCCAGUAGUUGAAGUCAAUCAAGCGGCCACAGAAGGCGGUGCACCAAGUCGAGCUCGCGAGGAUGUUUCAGCGUCUCUCCAUGGGCGGCUCUCACCGCCAGCGCCUGGAGCUGCACUCCGCCAUGGUCGCAAUGGAGGUCUCCGCCGCUCCGCCUUCCGCGCACUCCCCAUGCCCCUCCCCCUCCCCCAUGUCCACUGCGGUCGAGUCCCCCAUCCCCACUACCCGCCGCAUGUCCCUCCAAAUCGACGAUCUCGAGCGUCCAGUGCACCGCAACAGCGCCUUCAACGGCCAGGAUGUGUUCGGUCGGCCGGGCGGACAGCCUGUCAUGCAACCACAGCCAGAAGCGGCGUUCGACCAUUCCGCUUCAGCUGUUCGCACCCAAACAACGGGAGCGCCUGCACCAGCGGCGGCGGCGAGUGCAGCGUGGGGGGUUACGGACUGGGCUUGUCUCUACGCGCCGCACAACGACCCUUCCCGCCGCCGGCGGUCGCUCGACUGCAUCCGCUCGGCGCGCAAAUCCGACCGCUCCGCCGCGGCUGUUAACGCGGUCAACGAUGCGAGCAGCGUGCACGCGCGCAGCCAGGCCGCGAAGGUCGCGCACGGCGCGGAGGGCGGGGGAUCUGACAGCGAGGAGGAGGUCUGCAGCACGCGCGCGGAGCGUCGAGGGACCGCCGCUGCGCAAACAUCGCGACAGCCGCGGAGCGUUUUCGGCGAGCGGUACGAGAGCCCCUGGCACGCGGGGGUAGUCUCCGGAGAUAUAGCCGCGGGGAUGGGAAGGGCGCAGGCGGGAGGCGCGCGGCGGGGCGGUGGGAUGAUGGGCGACUGCGCGAUGGACGUGGACGAGGGGGAGGGAUGGGGGGGAGUGGAGGCGUGGGGGGGAGUGGAGCAGGCGCUGCAUCCCGCGGGGUUGACGCAGGCGCGCGCAGCCAUGGUGGCGCAAGGAGCCGGGAUGGGCGGCGCACCGGCGCAUGCAGUGACAGGGUCGCAGCGCGGAGGGUUGAUGACGAACCCAUGGGCGCGAUGAGAAGUCUUCCGCUGUUCUUUUGUUCUUGUGCCUCUUACAGUUGACGAGUCGAGUGGUGCUGACGGAGCCAAGGCAGCACGUGUGAAUGUCAAUAAUGGCGUUAGUGUGCUGUCCAGUGUCCAUACUGUUUGUUUGCUAAACCAGAUAUUAGCUGGAUCCACAUAUUUUUCCCGUGAGGUUAUUUAGCACAACCUUAAAUGUACUUGUGUAACUUCAGCAUACUGUGGUGUGGUCUGAAGCCCUCAUGAUUUUUUUUGGCGGCC